AUGUUUGUCUCAGCAGUCCUGCUGUUAGUAUGCCUUUACUUUUUAAUUCUCAAAACCCGGAGGCCCAGGAACUUUCCUCCAGGGCCCUUUGCUCUGCCCAUAUUGGGAAACCUUUUACAGCUGAGCCUGGAGGAUCCCUUGAAGUAUGUUGAGAAGCUGAGAAGAAAUUAUGGAAAUGUCUACAGUCUGUUCAUCGGUUCCAAUCCAGCUGUUGUCAUCAGUGGGUUAAAGGUCAUGAAGGAGGCCAUGGUGACCAAGGGGGUGGAUUUUGCUGGACGACCCCAAAACCUGUUCAUCAAUGCUAUCACCAUGAAAAGAGGAGUGGCUCUGGCCGACUAUGGGUUGAGUUGGAAGGAGCACCGUCGCUUUGCUCUGAUGACUCUGAGAAACUUCGGGAUGGGGAGGACCUCAAUGGAGGACCGGAUUCAUGGGGAGAUUCAGUACCUCAUCAAAACUCUGGAGAGCAACGUUGGUGAAACCAUGAGUCCUGAGCACAUGUUUCACAAGGCAGCGUCAAACAUCAUCUGCCAGGUUCUGUUUGGUACACGCUACGAAUAUGACAACGACUUUGUCACAGUGAUAAUUCAGUCUGUUGUUGAGAUUACCAAGCUCAUCAAUGGUCCUUGGUCGAUGCUGUAUGAUUCCUUUCCCUUCAUUCGUAACCUGCCGCUACCCUUCCAAGAGGGCAUUAAAAAUGCAGAGGUAAUGCUAACAAUCAUUACAGAAAGAUGUCAGCGGGAGAUCGAUCAGGUGCUGGAAGGGAAGGCUCGGGUCACUUUUGAGGACAGACAUAAAAUGCCUUAUGUUCAGGCUGUGAUCCAUGAAAUUCAGAGAGUGUCCAACGUUGGUCCACUCAGCAUUUAUCACUGUACCACCAAAGACACAGAACUCAUGGGAUAUUCACUUCCAAAGGGAACCAUAAUCAUUCAGAACUUGACCUCGGUGCUGAAUGAGGAAGGCCAGUGGAAGUUCCCUCAUGAAUUCAACCCUAAAAACUUCCUCAAUGACAAAGGAGAAUUCUUCAAACCGGAGGCCUUCAUGCCUUUCUCUGCAGGUCCUCGGAUGUGUCUCGGAGAGGGUCUGGCUCGCAUGGAGCUCUUCCUCAUCCUGGUCACUCUGCUGAGGAAGUUCAAGUUCAUCUGGCCUGAAGACGCAGGAGAACCAGACUUCACUCCUGUCUUUGGUCUCACCCUGACACCCAGACCGUAUCGCAUGAAGGUGGAGCUCAGAUCAACCAGAGACUGA